AUGCACCUCCGCAGGACCGCGGCAUCGGGCGGGUGGUGGGAGGACAGCCUGGGCGCGGCGGGGCGCUUCCUGUACCUGCAGCUGCGCAUGGAGCCGGGCAAGCCGUACGCCAUACACGCCGACCUUGCCGCCGCCGACCGCGGCCUGCACCGCGUGUCGGUCAGCAACCUGCACGCGGCGCAGCAGGGGGCGCGCAUGAAGCGCAGCGGGGUGCAGGUGUUCCUGCCCGCGGCCCACGACGGCUGGACGCUGCUGGCCCUAGACCUGGAGGCUCUGGCGCAGCAGGCCGGCAGGUCGCCCUACGCCAGGCUGCGCGCCCUGCACCUGUGCGCCAACAUGACGGUGCGGGGGGCCUUCACCUCUGAUGUGCGCUACGACUGGCAGUGCCUGCCGGCAGACCUAGCCUUCACAGCAGCCUUUGAUGCGUCUCAGUCCAGGGUGCUGUGGGUGCCAGAGGAGCCGCGGGGGGCACUGGCAGCUCCCCCCAAGCGACGUCCCAGGUCGCCGCACCCGCCCGUGCCGCCGCCGGGUCGUCCAAGGCAGGUGAAGCAGCGUGGCCACCCCUCCGUGGACGCCACGGCAAGCGGCGGACAGCAGCAGCAGCAGCAGCAGCAGCAGCAGCAGCAGCCGGAGCUGCAGCCCCAACCCAUUGCGCAGCUGCUUCGAGUCGGUGCGUUUUCAGGCUGCAGCGGCCCCGGGAUGCUGCACUGGGUGCCCAGCGCCGGCGCCAACGCUGCACAGGAGAUUGUGUUCGGUGCCGGCUCACUGAUUGUCGGCAUGCAGCCAUCGGAUGGCCAGCAGCGACACCUGAAGGGACAUGGAGGGGCGGUGCGUGCCAUGGCGCUCAGCGCCGACGGCGCCAGGCUGGCCUCGGCAGAGGAGGGGCCUAGUGCCGCGCUGCGGCUGUGGGACUUCCGCCAGGGCAGCUGCCUAGCCACAGUCCCCGGUCAUGCCGGCGCCACGCUCUGCCUCGACCUGUCGCCAAAUGGCAGCUUGCUAGCUACUGCGGGAGUGGAUGCCCAGGGGCGGCAGGAGCUGGUGUGCUGGGAUGUGUCGGCCUGCUGCGCCCCCGAGGCUGCCGGAGGCGGCAGGGCGGUGGAGCUGGCCAGGCAUGUCAGCGAUUACAACAUCCAGGCAGUCAAGUGUGUGCCCUAUGAUCCCACCACACUGGUCACCUGCGGCAAGAACAGCAUCCGCACAUACAGGCGCGUGUGCUCAGCUCCCGCCUUCCGCCUGCUGCUGUGCAUGCUGCAUGCCUGCUGGUUGCAGGGAAGCAGCAGCAGGGCGUGGUCGUCUCUGAGGGUGUGCUGUGGCGGCGUGUGGUGCAGGCUGAAGGGCGGGCAGCUGCGCGGCAUGUCGUUGCCGAUGGAAGGCGUGCAAGCGCUGCGUCGGCCCUACAGCAGCGGCACCAGCGCCAGCGCUGGCGCCACCGUGGGGGAGGUGUUCACAUGCCUGGCGUUUGAGCACACGCUGCGUGUGCGACCGCUGGAAGCGCGGCGGCUGUAUGUAGGGUCGUUGUCAGGCGCCCUGUACACUGCCAAUCUGGAGGGGCGGGCGGUGGAGGGCGUGGCGCAGCUGCACUCUGCGGCGCUGUCGGCCCUGGCGGUGCACGACGGCUUCUGUGUGACCGGCUCCGCAGACUGCCGGCUGCGGGUGUGGGGCAGCGACUUGCAGGAAGUCUACAUGGAGGCACGGCACGAGGGCGCAGUCACAGGCAUCGGCCUGUCACCAGACGGCUUGCGAGUGGCGGUGGGGACUGAGAGCGGGGCUCUGAGCCUGCUGGACGUCUCCUCCCAAACAUACACCACGCUGCUGCGCUCCCACACGGCGGCUGUGCACUCGGUGGCGCUGGUUGGGGAGGAGGGGCACGCACGGCAGCAAUACUGCACUGCAGGGGCGGAUGGUACGGUGCGUGUGUGGGACGCCGACACACAUCAGCAGGUGCUGGAGCUUUCUGCUCCCAAGGAGACGGUGCUGAGCGUUGCCUGCCACCCAAGCAAGCCUGAGGUGGCCUGCGGCUUCCAGAGCGGCAUGCUGCGCAUCUUUGACAUCAGCAGCGCGGCUCUGGUGCAGGAGAGCAGGCAGCACUCGGGGGCGGUCACCCGGCUGCUGUACGCUCGGAACGGCAGGCUGCUGCUCAGCCUGGGAUCUGAUGGCUGUGUGUGUGUGUAUGACUGCGAGCGCAGCUACCUGCCCACCACCUUUAUCCUGGCGGGCUUUCCUCUGCAUGCCACUGCUAUGGCAGCCAGCCAGGAUGGCAAGCUGCUAGCCGUGGCAGCGUUGGCCGAGUGCAGCCCCGGUGGCGCCAGUGCAGGCAGCGGCGGCAGGGGGCGGCCUGCCACCACUGGAUGUAGCAGCGGCGGCAGCAGCAGCGCCAGUGGCCCAGAGCAGCCCGCCAUCAUUCUUUACAAUCUGGUCACGAUGCAGCCGCUGCUGCAGCUUCCAGUGGCUGGGCACAGCCGGGUGGCGCAGCUGCAGCUGCUUCCGGACAGCAGGCAUGUGCUUGCCGUCACAGCAGCAGGGAGACUUCUGGCCUACGGCUGUGCAGAUGGCAGCCUGGCGCUGGAUGUGCCGCGCUGCCUAAGUGACGAAGUGUGCACAGCAGCAGCUUUGGAUCCCUCUGGCUCCUUCCUUGUGGCAGGCAGUGCUGGAGGGCCACUCAAGGUGUUUGGCCUGAACGCCCUGCAGCAGCUGGCACAGCCUGGCGAGGCGGCACCUUGCGGCGCUGCUGCCGUCAUCAGCUGCCUGCCAUGCCAGGACCUCUGCCCACCUGCCGGGAGUGCUGUGCUUGAUGCGGUGUUUGCGGGCAACAGCAACAGCCCACAGCUGCUGACUGUCGGCCAGCAGGGAGAGGUGUGCUGCUGGAGCUUCCACGGCCAGCCGGCCAGCGCAGCUGCGGCGGCAAGCAACGCAAUGGCAGCUGCUGCCAUAGAGCCUGGCGGUGCAGCGGUCAGCGUCGCAGCGCAGGGACCUCAGCAAGCAUCAGGCGCUGCCGGGCGCCCCAUGAUCCACCUCAACGUGGACUGCACAUCUGCGGCCCCCUCUGCUCCCCGAGCUCCCAGCUGCCAGCUUGGACCAGUGCCAGGGCACAGCGGUGCAGCUACUGUCCGUCCCGACAACCCAGCAGAGCAGCCAGGUCCUGAGGUGCAGCUGGCUUAUGCUUCCUUGGAGUCUCCAGCACCCCGGCCACUGCCAUUGGUGCUGCAGAACUUGCCGCCUCGUCCACCCAGCGCGCCUGCCGCGCUCCCAAAACAGCCACCAGCGCACGUGGCGCUGCCGCAGGCGGCCUUGCGUGUCCGCCGGCAGCAGAGUGCCAGCUUGCCAGGCAGCCCCAUGCGUGGCAGCCACAGAGAGCCGCCAUUCUGGGAGCAGCCGCCUCGGGCGCCAGAGGCCUCGCUGCUCAUCACUGCCACCCACUCUCAGCGCUGCACCAAGGUUGUGCGGCAGCAGAAGCAGCUGCGCAUCACCUCGCCGUGCAAGGUGCCGGGCAUAGGCGCUGCCAAGCAGCCACACCGCACUGCUGCGUGGGUUGAAGAGGGGGUGGCAACUGACCGCAUCCCUCCCUACCGCCCCAGCCAGCAGCUGCAGCUGCUUCCACCAUCAGCAGCCGUGAGGCAUGUGCUGGGCAUGGAGGCCAGUGCAGGUUUCUGCUGGCAGCCGGCAGGGCCGGAGCCGCAGCAGCAGCAGCUGGUGUAUGCUGCCGGGAACACUCUGCUGAGCUGGGACCUGUCAGGCCGGCAGCGCCAGGUCGCCCGCCUGCCACGCCAGGUCUCUGCCCUGGCGGUGCACGGCGGCCUGGCAGCAGCAGCGGUGCAGCCUGCUCCCGGGGAUGGCAGCACCGCCGACAUUCACUUGGUGGAGGUACAGAGCGGCGCAGUGCGGUGUGUUCUCAGCCACCACUCGUAUGCGGUCAAGCGCAUGGCCUUCAGCCCCGACAGCUCCCUGCUGGUCACGCUGUCCCAUCCUGGCAGUGGCACCCACCUGGCGCUGUGGUCGGUGGGCGAGCAGCCAGCAGAGCUGGUAGCAGGCGUGGAGCUGCCUGCGGCUGUGUCUGGCUUGGCCUGGGCCACCCGCACAGAGCAGCCCACUUUCUACACUGUCAGCCACCAUGGGCUGGUGCAGUGGCAGCUGGAGCCCGAGGAUCUCACCAGCAGCGCGGUCCACAUGCCGCCUGCGCUGCGCGGGCUGGCCCUGUCAGCGGUGGCAUGUGGGGCAGGUGCUGGGCAUGGCAGCAGCGACAGCGGGAGCAGCGCUGGCAGCUGGCAGCAGCUGCGGGAGAUGGGCACAACAGCAAGCAGCGCCGACAGCGCCGUGAUUGUGGGAGACGGCAACGGCCAAGUCUGGCGGCUGCUGGUUGAUGCCGGCCAGGAUGCCCACAGCCCGGUGCUGCUGGCGGACCUGCAAGGCCUGGCAGUCAGCUGUCUGCAGUCAGAUGGCCAGCUGUGUGCGGUGGGGACCGCCAGCGGCUCCCUGCUGCUGCUGGCAGAGGGCGCCCAUGACAGCAGCCUGAAGCGCGGCGCAUGGCGCAUAGUGUGCUCCGAGCAGCUGGAUGGCGCUGUCACCGGCUUGCAGGUUCAUGCCGGCAGCAGCCAGGUUGCAGCAGCCACGGCUUGCGGUAUGCUGUGGCAGGCGGGGCCGAGCGCCCCGCCCAGUGUGCUGCUGUGCGGCCAGCAGCACAGCAUGCAGGGCUGCCACAUUGCGCUGGGGGCUGCCUGGAAGAACAUCCCACCCACGGCUGCCCUGGCCUCCGCCUCUGGCAUCUCCAUCUGGCUGCUGGAUGAGGCGUGCAGCCGGGGCGCGGUGCCUGCUGUGGAGUUCUGCCUGCCAGCGGAUGCCACUCAUGCCAGCCUCUCGGACGAUGCCUCCUGCUGUGCUGCCGCGUAUCUCGACGGUACCUUCUGCCUGUUUGACACGGCUGCAGCGUGCAUGCGGUGGAAGGCGGCAGGCGCAGCCCAGCAGGGUGGCGUGGCAGCAAUGGCUGUGGUGCAGCGCAUGCGUGGCUGCAAGGUCAUGGUGGCCUACCGGAGCGGCGCCCUGUACGUGCUGGAUGGCAGCAGCGGCCAGGUUGCGCACCGCACCAUGCAGUAUGCCACCGCACAGGAGAGCGGGCGGCAGUGCCCCUCCAACUUCCCUGUCGCCGGCCUGGCCGUGUGCCCCGUCGACACCUCCCUCUUUGUGCUGUGCGGGCGCCUGGAGCUGGCGGUCUGCCGGGCUGCUUGGACCAAGAACGCUGCGGUGCACACGCUGGCCCGCCUCAGCUUUGGGCCUGCAGAUGCGGCGGUGGCUAGCAGAGGCGCCGUGGCAGCGAGCCUCGCCGCCGACGGCUGCUGCUCUUUGACUACGGCACACGUGCUGUGA